AUGGAGAAAGCGAACAAGUUUUACGUUAAUGGAAUCUCUACGGCUCGUUUCAUCCUGCUGGGCUUGGUUACGUUGAACUGUCCGGUGGCAUCAACCACCACGCAAACCGGAGCUCCCAUGCACCAAGUGCUGCUCACGCAAAAGGGAUACGUGCAGUUCCUACGAUGGGAGUUGGCAGUGCCGGAAUUCAGCGAGUUCACCUUCUGCUUGUGGCUAAAGUCGAACGACCUCACGCAUCCUCAUCCGAUUUUCUCCUACUCGAAGAACGAGCGAGAGCGUCUGGCUCGAUCGUGGAUAGCGCCACAUGGGAGGAGCGUUCACCUUGAGAUCGGCGGAAGACAGGUGCUCGCGACGUCGACGGACAUUCUAGAGAAUCGAUGGUACCACGUCUGUCUAAGCUGGGAGAACCAGGAGGGUCGCUAUGGCGUGUGGGUCAAUGGCCGGUUGUGGACUCAAGGUCGCUCUGACGAGACGAUAGGUCACACGAUCCCAGGUGGCGGAGACGUGGUGCUAGGCCAAGAGUACACGGACGUGGACAAAGGGCUGGAGGACGGUAUAGAGGGCUCUGUGCUGGGCUUCAAUCUGCUAUUGGCCUCGGCUUUCGAUACCCUAGACAAAGACUACGUGUCAGAAGCCUCCUACGAUACUGUCCAGGUGUCCUCCGCGUCGAGUUACGCCACGGUCCCCCUUUUUGCCAGGAUUCCGACGACACUGACGCAACGCGGCGUCAAUUACGGGCCGGGAAUGCGUCCCAGCACACCUCGAGGACGUCGUUACACCGGCACCGUCUCUUUGUCUGCGACCGAGAACGGAAAGAGAUCGAUCGAUUCCUUGCUCAACAGCUUGAACGCCGAGUUCUUCAAGCUGCUGAGACAGCCCAUGGGACUGCAACUGGUCAAGCUGUCGUACGUUCGCUGCGAGAUCGGACGGGGGAGCCCGUUCAUCGGUGGCUCGCUAAUGCUCAUCUCCUGGACCAGGACACCCGUGAAAAUAUUCGGCGGAGCCGUUCUCAAGGACGCCAAUGGCGACUGCGGCAAUUUCUAG